AGCACCUGGCGAAGGCUUAGCCCGCCGCCGGAACUGCGAGCUUUCAGCAGGAGCCCAGACGGUGCCGGCCCGAGAAACACCUUCCCUCCAAUCUACAGCCCGGAUGCUGCGCGUCCUGUGCCUCCUGCGCCCCUGGAGGCCCCUUUGGGCCCGCGGCUGCGCUUCCGAAGGGGCGGCCGGGGGCGCCGAGAUCCAAGUGCGCGCCCUGGCGGGUUCCGACCAAGGAAUCACUGAGAUUCUAAUGAACAGACCUCAUGCCCGCAACGCCUUGGGAAACGUCUUCGUCAGUGAGCUGCUGGAAGCUCUGGCCCAGCUGCGGGAGGACCGGCAAGUGCGUGUCCUGCUCUUCAGAAGUGGAGUGAAGGGUGUAUUCUGUGCAGGUGCAGACCUGAAGGAGCGGGAACAGAUGAGUGAAGCAGAAGUGGGGGUGUUUGUCCAGCGACUCCGGGGCCUGAUGAAUGACAUAGCAGCCUUCCCUUCACCCACCAUUGCAGCUAUGGAUGGGUUUGCCUUGGGCGGAGGCCUGGAGCUUGCCCUGGCAUGUGACCUCCGAGUGGCAGCUUCCUCGGCCGUCUUGGGACUGAUUGAGACUACUCGAGGGCUCCUCCCAGGGGCAGGAGGGACUCAGAGGCUGCCACGCUGCCUGGGGGUGGCCCUGGCGAAGGAGCUCAUCUUCACCGGUCGACGACUGAGUGGAACUCAGGCCCACGCACUGGGGCUGGUGAAUCACACUGUGGCCCAGAAUGAGGAGGGUGACGCUGCCUACCACCGGGCACGAGCACUGGCCCAGGAGAUCCUGCCCCAGGCCCCCAUUGCUGUGCGGCUGGGCAAGGUAGCCAUUGACCGAGGAAUGGAGGUGGACAUUGCCUCAGGGAUGGCCAUUGAAGGGAUAUGCUAUGCCCAGGUGAGUAAAAAAUGCUAAUCUCCAGGUUAACAGAUAUCCAAAAUACUGCUAAGGGGUCCUGCGACUUGGUGAACCUGGAUUCAAAGCCAUAUUUCUUGCUGCAAAGAAUUUCUACUGCACAGCCUCAUGUCAGACCACUGCAGAAGGCAGUGAGUUCUCUGGUGGCAUGAGAGCAGUGUGCAAGUGGAGGCUAAUGCUGAUGGCAUGCAGAGAAUACAAAGGCUGGACUGUCUUCCCCAGGAGACAAAGCAGACAUGGAGGCUUAUAUCUUUACAUGGCUCAAGACCAGAGUCCAGAGACAAUGGAAACACCUGGACCCCGGCUUUGUCAUAGGCUGGACAAGCUUACGCAACUCUUUUUGGGCCUCUGACCCUGCUCCCCCAAAACUAGUAUUCUGUACCUU